AUGCAGGCGCUCAACAUCACCGCGGAGCAAUUCUCCAGGCUGCUGAGUGCGCACAAUCUGACUCGGGAGCAGUUCAUUCAUCUCUAUGGGCUGCGGCCGCUGGUUUACACUCCCGAGCUACCAGCGCGCGCUAAACUGGCUUUUGUGCUGGCUGGAGCACUCAUUUUUGCCCUGGCGCUCUUUGGCAACUCUCUGGUGGUCUACGUGGUGAUCCGCAGCAAGGCCAUGCGCUCAGUCACCAACAUCUUCAUCUGCUCUCUGGCACUCAGUGAUCUGCUUAUCGCCUUUUUCUGCAUCCCGGUCACAAUGCUCCAGAACAUCUCCGACAAGUGGCUGGGUGGUGCCUUCAUCUGCAAGAUGGUGCCCUUUGUCCAGUCCACUGCUGUUGUGACAGAAAUCCUCACUAUGACCUGCAUUGCUGUUGAGAGGCAUCAAGGACUUGUCCAUCCUUUUAAAAUGAAGUGGCAGUACACCAACCACAGGGCUUUCACAAUCUUGAGUGUGGUCUGGUUGGUGGCCAUCAUCGUAGGAUCACCCAUGUGGCACGUGCAACGCCUCGAGAUUAAGUAUGACUUCCUAUAUGAAAAAGAACAUGUCUGCUGCUUGGAGGAAUGGGCCAGCCCCGUGCACCAGAGAAUCUACACCACCUUCAUUUUUGGCAUCCUCUUCCUCCUGCCUCUGGUGCUGAUGCUUGCCCUCUACAGCAGGAUCGGCUACGAACUCUGGAUCAAGAAACGAGUGGGAGACAGUUCGGUGCUUCAGUCCUCUCAUGGGAAAGAAAUGUCCAAAAUAGCCAGGAAGAAGAAGCGGGCUGUCGUCAUGAUGGUGACAGUGGUGGCUCUCUUUGCUGUGUGCUGGGCUCCUUUCCAUGUUGUUCACAUGAUGGUUGAAUACAGCAAUUUUGAAAAAGAAUAUGAUGAUGUCACGAUCAAGAUCGUUUUUGCUGUCGUACAAAUAAUUGGAUUUUUCAACUCUAUCUGUAAUCCCAUCGUGUAUGCCUUUAUGAAUGAAAACUUCAAAAAGAAUUUUUUGUCUGCAGUUUGUUAUUGCAUGAUAAAAGAAUGCUUCUCUCCAGCCCAGAAGCACCAAAAUUCAGUAAUUUCUAUGACGCAGAAGAGAGCAAAGUUCUCACGACGACAGUGUCCAGCAGAGGAAACCAAGGGAGAUGCUUUCAUUGAUGCCAACAUCGAAGUCAAAUUGUGUGAACAGCCAGGGGAGAAAAGGAAGCUCAAGCGACAGCUUGCUUUCUGUACUUCUGAACUUUCUGAAAAUUCAACUUUAGGCAGUGGACAAGAAUUGUAA